AUGCUAUCUAGGGUGCGCACCAAGGUCAAUGCACUUGUAAAUAGAAACCAAACAAGAUGCUUACAGGUUUUUCCACGUCUUUCUGCUGAAGAAGCAAGCAAUUCUACAACUUCGAAAUUAAGCAAAGAUCAGCUGAAGAAACGAGAAAUCAGACGUUUGGCACAACGUAAGGCGGCUGCCAGACGGGCCGCAAGUGACCAUCCGCUUUAUAUGCCUGUAGACAAGGCACUGCGAUUUUUGCGAGCAGCUGAGGUCGGCCAGCCUCAGUCUCAACAGACGUUAAGUCUGACAACUGCUGUAAUAUCCGAACGAGGAGCUCCACUUUUGAGUGGAAAUCUAUCAUUCCCAAAUGCUCUAAAAGAAGUCAAAGUGGCAGUUUUCACAAACGACGAAGACCAGGCAAAGCUGGCUCGUGAAAAAUACAACUGCCAUCUCGUUGGUGGUACUGAGCUCGUAGAGCAGAUAAAAUCGGGCCAGACGGCCGUGGACUUCGAUAAAAGUUUUGCAACACCUGAAAUAGCAUCUACAUUAGCAUCGCAGCUUGGUCGUAUUCUGGGUCCUCGUGGCUUGCUGCCUGCAGCGAAGAAGGGCACCGUUUCGGACAAUCUAGAAUCGUUACUCGAAGGCAGCAUGGCUUCUUUGCCCUUCAGACAGCGUGGUAACAGUGUUAGCGUAGCUGUGGGGAAGUGUUCCUUUUCUGACAAGCAAAUGCUGGAGAACCUGGUAGCUGCUCAAAAGGGCGUGAAAACCGCCCUAGCCAACCAAAAGGCCAAGAGACCUAGUCUGCUGGGCCAAACCACUCUCACAUCCACUCAUGGUCCCGGAAUCGUCAUUGACUUUGCCUAA